AUGAGCAAAGCACCAGUGGUUCGGGGGCUGAGCAGAGAGAAAAGCGGCUGGUUUGAGUUCUGCAUCCCUCCUCCCCCAAAAGCCAGCUCCCUUAUCAGCAGCAGGUAUCAGGAGCGCAAACUUCAGCUGGUCUUUGAGUCCCUGAUGCGGGAGCCGUGGGGCAGCGGGGACCAGUGCUCUGUCCUCAGUACCCUGGCUGGCCGGCGCUUUGGGGCGGCCCUGGUGCCGGGCAGGAGGUCGUCUGCGGUGGAUGAGUCGUGCCAGUCCCUCCUGUCCCACUCAGACAUCAGCUAUGACCGCACUGAGGAUGACGUGGAUGUUGAUAUGACGGUGGUGCGGACCCUGAAGCGCAAAGCCCAGGAGAGGCAGCGUGUGUCCCUGGCCCCUCAGAUCGGCCCUGUGGUGGUGGCGAAGCGGCACCGGUCUUCUGUGGCACCCCAAAACACCGUGAGUGUCCCCUCUGUGUCCUCUCCUGCCGAGGUCCCAGGCCCUGCUGGGAACCUCCUGCCUGCUGCUCUGGUGCCACGCCGCCGCUCUCGCCAGGGACACCGUGUCUCCACGCACGCAGGCCCCCCUCCACUACCUUCUCUCUCUGCAGAGCUGACCACAGUGUGGGGCACCAAGGAGGAUCCAGGCUGCUGUGCUCCAGGGCAGGAGAGCCACACCGAGGGUGGUUCCACAGGGCAGCCAGCACCAGCCCCCUUCCCCUCACCUCCACGGGGCAUCCUGCCACUCCAGCACCAGUUCACCUCCAAAACGGUGUGUGCCCCAGCCUCCCUCCAUCUUCCUGGCCGCUAUGGAGAAGGGAGGCAGGUCCAGGAGGGGGAGCCCUCACCCUGCUCCCCCUCUCCAGGGCCGGGUGGUGGGCACAGAACAGGUUGGCUUUGUCCUCCCCAGGGCGUGCUGGCUGACUUCGCCCCCCCGACGCCGCCCCUGGUACCCACGCUGGUGGUGCAGUGUGUGACUGAGGUGGAGAAGCGAGGUUUGACGGAGACAGGGCUGUACCGGGUGCCGGGCGCGGAGCAGCUGGUGCGGGAGUGGAAGCGGAGACUGCUGCGGGCUGGAGGUGCGCUGCCCGCCCUCGGCAGCGUGGCUGACAUCCACGUGGUGUGUGGGGUGCUCAAGGACUUUCUGCGGGGGCUCAAGGAGCCGUUGGUCACCUUCAGCCUCCACCCUGCCUUCCUGCGGGCUGCCGACAUCCCCGACGAUGCUGCCUGCGGCACAGCCCUGCGCCACGUGGUGAGCAAGCUGCCCCCGGCCAACAGGGACACCCUGGCCUUCCUCAUGCUGCACCUCCUUAGAGUGUCACACAGCCCUGACUGCAAGAUGGAUAUCCUCAACCUGUCCCGUGUGUUUGGUCCCACACUGGUGGGACACAGCACGGCCAACCCCACACCGCUCGCCAUCAUGGAGGACACGCCACGGCAGUGCAAGGUGGUGGCUCGGCUCCUCUCUCUGCCACCCGACUUCUGGAGAGGCUUCUUGGGGACAGAGCAGGAGAACCUGGUGCCAACAGCAGCCCCAGCAGGUGAACAUGAGCCGUUCUUCCGCCCCCUUAUCUCCCCGGAGCCCAAGCCAGGCCAGCUGAGCCCAGCCGGUGGCUGCUCUACACCCAUGGUGGCGCGGAGGAGGCUGUUGGCCCACCGGGGUGGCAGGGACCUGCUGCUGCCAUCACCUCGAGCCCUGCCUAAGCAGCCUGCGCAGGUCUCAGCCUGA